AUGGCGCAAUCGCAGUGCACGAAGGCUCUUCUGGUGUGGCUGCUCUUCGCAGCGGUUUUGCUGGUCGCGAAGGCGGGUGAGCCCCACUCCGGCCAGUUCCAGCAAGAGGUCCACAUGACGUCAUCUACGUGCGGGGCAACGUCAGCCGGCCGCCGCGGCCUCCGCGACACCCAGACCCAGCUCGCAUCCACCACCAUGUCCGGCGACGAUUCCGGCGGAACGUCCACCGGAACGUCGACCGUCAGCGUGAACGGGCAGAGCGAGACGGUGACGUGUACCAGAGACGCGGCCGGGAAAGCGACGUGCACCAAGAACGGGCAGCCUUACGCGGCUCCCCCCGGACGUGAGUGA